AUGGCAAGCCUACGAAAAACACACCCCCUUAUCAAAAUCGCCAACAACGCACUAAUUGAUCUACCAACACCAUCUAACAUUUCAGCAUGGUGAAACUUUGGGUCUCUCCUGGGGCUAUGCCUAGUCACCCAAAUCCUGACCGGAUUAUUUCUAGCCAUGCACUAUACCUCAGAUAUUUCAACUGCAUUCUCAUCAGUAGCCCACAUCUGCCGAGACGUCAACUACGGCUGACUAAUCCGAAACACCCACGCUAACGGAGCAUCAUUCUUCUUCAUCUGCAUCUACAUACACAUUGCUCGAGGCCUGUAUUACGGAUCGUAUCUUUAUAAAGAAACCUGAAACAUCGGCGUAGUUCUCCUGCUAUUAGUUAUAAUAACAGCCUUUGUCGGCUACGUACUACCAUGGGGACAAAUAUCUUUCUGGGGCGCCACAGUAAUUACAAACCUCCUAUCUGCCGUGCCGUACACAGGAAACAUGUUAGUCCAAUGAGUCUGGGGGGGAUUCUCAGUAGAUAACGCAACACUAACACGAUUCUUCGCAUUUCACUUCCUACUACCAUUUAUCGUCACCGCCGCAACCAUCCUCCACCUGCUAUUUCUACACGAAACAGGAUCAAACAAUCCAAUCGGGCUGAACUCAAGCGCGGACAAAAUCUCUUUCCACCCAUAUUUCACGUACAAAGACCUACUAGGGUUCGUAAUUAUACUACUAACUUUAAUCUUACUAACACUAUUCUCCCCCAGCCUGCUGGGGGACCCAGAAAACUUUACGCCCGCCAACCCCCUAGUUACUCCUCCACACAUUAAGCCAGAGUGAUACUUCUUAUUUGCCUACGCCAUCCUCCGGUCAAUCCCAAACAAACUUGGAGGUGUCCUUGCACUACUAUCCUCUAUCUUAGUCCUAAUAAUUGUGCCGCUAUUACACACCUCAAAACAGCGAGGACUAACAUUCCGCCCAAUCUCCCAGUUCUUAUUCUGAGCCCUAGUAGCAGACAUAGUUAUUCUAACGUGGGUUGGAGGCAUACCAGUUGAACACCCAUUUAUCAUUAUUGGACAAAUUGCGUCCCUACUGUACUUUGCAUUAUUCCUCCUUUUUAUGCCACUAGCCGGGUGGUUAGAAAAUAAAGCACUACAAUGAGCUU